CUUCCUGAAACCGAUAUGCCCACUUGGGACCCAUACAAGCUCCUGUGAUCCGGUGAAUACGGACCAUGGCCUCUCCACAACCCCAUAAACCUCGAAGAAGACGAAUUCAAGAGAGCUCCCUCGCACACGUCACCCAUGGCACAAUUGAUAAUACGAAUACCCCGAAGCCUGCGUUUCCUCUUGUUGCCUUUCUCUGGCCUGCUAAGGGAACAGUGUCACAAUGGGUCAUCCUUCCUUUGAUGUUAAUGGCAGUUGGGCUGUUUCGAUGGACCACUGGAUUUUGGGGAUACUCUGGCUACGAGGCGCCACCCAUGCAUGGGGAUUUUGAAGCGCAAAGACACUGGAUGGAGAUUACCACGCGCCUGCCCGUCUCCCAGUGGUACUUUCAUGAUCUAGAGUGGUGGGGAUUAGACUAUCCACCUCUUACUGCGUAUCAUAGCUGGCUGCUUGGUGCUGUUGGCACGCUGAUCAACCCAGAGUGGUUUGCGCUGUUCACUUCCCGUGGCCUCCAUGACCCGUCCCUGAAAAUAUACAUGCGCGCCACCGUCUUUGUCUCGGAAUACCUCAUCUAUAUACCCGCCGUUAUAAUCUUUCUCCGCCGAUUCUCGCGACGGGAAGGUGUAAACCUGUGGGAAGCAUCAAUUGCACUUGUAGCUGUUCUUAUGCAACCUGGAACCAUGCUCAUCGACCACGGCCACUUCCAAUACAAUACCGUAAUGCUAGGCCUGGUGCUUGCUAGCAUGUCUAGCAUGAUUGCAGGUCGGCCGCUAUGGGGCUGCGUGUUUUUCGUAGCAGCUCUUGGCUUCAAACAGAUGGCUCUAUUCUACGCACCAGCUUUCUUCGUCUACCUCUUGGGCAUCUGUUUUGUCCCGCGCAUAAACAUACUACGCUUAAUUGCCAUCGCGCUGGUCACCGCGAUCUCGUUCGCUUUACUCUAUGCUCCCUUCCUUUUAAGAGUAGCGUAUGAUUCAUACCAGGGCAUCGACAUGUCCAACUUCUCCGUUCCUCCUCUCCUGGCAUCCCUGCCUAUCGACCUUAACGAAAAAGCGUGGUACUACCCAAUCGUACUCCAACUCUUCCAAUCAAUCCACCGAGUUUUCCCGUUCGCGCGCGGCCUCUUUGAAGAUAAGGUCGCCAACGUCUGGUGCGCGAUUCACACCUUCCACAAGCUCCACCAAUACCCCAGCGCUUCAGUCCAGCGUGCGGCUCUCCUUGCUACCUCUGCUGCCAUAGCGCCGCCAUGUCUUAUCCUCCUCAUUAAACCGCGCAAAGAACAUCUCCCUUUGGCACUCGCAGCCACCUCCUGGGGCUUCUUCCUAUGCUCAUAUCAAGUUCACGAGAAGAACGUGUUACUACCACUCCUGCCAAUGACGGUCUUGCUGAGUGGGAAAGGAGGACUCCUCCCUUCCACUAGGGCUUGGGUCGGUCUAGCAAACAUGCUAGGCGUAUGGACUAUGUUUCCACUUCUCAAGCGCGAUGACUUAAGGGUUCCGUACUUUGUCCUCACACUCCUAUGGGCAUACCUCCUCGGUCUCCCGCCUGUUUCACUCUCCGCAUACUCUGAAGGGACAUCUGGAGGCUUGACUCUAGGAACAAAGAUUCUUCACAUCAAUAUCUAUAUCGCCAUGGUCGGGUGGCAUGUAUUAGAAGCCUUUGUUCCCCCUCCAGAGCGCUUGCCAGAUUUAUGGGUUGUGCUGAACGUGCUUGUCGGUGCCGCAGGCUUCGGGCUAUGCUAUCUUUGGUGCUUGUGGAAUCUGGCCGACAAGAGCGGCAUAUUCGCGAGCAAAAGGAAAUCCGUUGGCAGUGAGAGCAAGCCAAAGACAUUGUGAGAGUUCAAACAUAUUUAUAUAUUCUAUACCCAAAUAAAAAGAAGCUUUCGAUCUAUGCAUU